CGUAUCCGAGAGGACACGAAUUUGACACCGACAUCAAUGGAGUCGGGUCGAUUAGCUGAUCUGCGCUUUGUAAACAAAACAUCUGAAGCGCGCGCGGCCGUGCGGGACUGCCGGAGCGGUCACCGUGAACGCUCUGUCAGAGGAAGUGAUAACUGAUUUUCAGCAGUUUUCGGUAGGACACUUGUCCCGAUCCGUCGCCCUACCCGCUGACUAAGGCGCGUCGCGAUGACACCCUGAGACAAGGACAUAAAUGAAGAAUUUGGACGGGUCUACGUGUAGUUUAAGAGUCCACAUCGCGGUGGUAGAUCGUCUGCCAGUGAGGCUGAACUGAUUUGAAUCCACCGAGAGCUACAGAGAUGUCUCGGCUAGCACAACCAUCCACGUUUAGCGAACGACUGUUGUCUGCUCAGUAAAGGCCACGAAUACCCUUGUCGGUUUCUGUCGUAAUUACCAAUCGAUUAGGAAGCCAAGUUUGUGCCUUCCCAAGUCCCCCUCACCACCGCCCCCCCUUCCUCCCGCAAGGCUGAGUGUAAACACACCUACCUAUCGCGUGGUCCCUACCAAGUUUCACCGCGCAUGCGCGGGUUAGUUAAGGUGAGGGUUUACUAUAAAUUAGGUGGGACCUUUCGACAAGGUAGGACAAAUCAUCAGAACACCGGCCAGAUGCUCGGAGAAGGAUGGGAACGUCGCAACAGCUAGACAUGGAGGUGAUGACCCCACUUAUUGAAAACUCGGGCCAACUGUCGGAGGAGAAUUCUGAUGAGGACCAUGAUCAGGAGCUGCUCGCCCAACAGUAUGAGCCAAACAGCCACCAAGGCAUCACAUUUAGUCAAGCUCUUAUCCACCUGUUGAAGGGAAACAUUGGUACUGGACUGCUGGGCCUACCUUUGGCGGUGCGAAAUGCAGGGCUCAUAGUGGGGCCCAUAUGCCUUGUAUUGAUGGGUGUGGUCUGCGUGCAUUGUAUGCACAUCCUGGUUCACUGCAGCCACCAUCUCAGUGAAAGGCUGAAGAGACCUGCCAUGAGCUACAGCGACACUGUGGCUUUUGCCAUGGAGCAAAGCUCACACCAAUGCUUCAGAAAGUCUGCAAACUUUGGCAGACACGUUGUGAACUUCUUCCUAGUGCUGACACAGCUGGGAUUCUGCAGUACAUACUUUGUCUUCCUGGCAGAGAACAUCAAACAGGUGGUGGAGGGAUACCAAGGGAACGUCACUAUGGACAGUGACUCCAUAUUCUCAUUGGUCAACAUAUCAACCGGUGUCUCUGUGACUCCAGCACCAGCCACUCCUCUACCCAGUGCUUCACCUACUGUCGAGCCAUUGGACUUGGACUUGCGUCUCUACAUGCUCUUCUUCCUGCCCUUCCUCAUCAUUUUGGUUUUCAUGAAGGACCUGAAGAAUAUGGCUGUGCUUGCAUUCCUUGCCAACAUGUGCAUGGCUGUCAGCUUGAUCAUCAUCUUCCAGUACAUCCUGAGUGAUUUUGGAAAAACCAGGCACCUCCCUCUCACAUCCCCCCUGGGGAAGUUCCCCUUCUUCUUUGGGACUGCCAUCUUUGCCUUUGAAGGUAUCGGAGUGGUUCUUCCUCUGGAGAACCAGAUGAGGGAUCGCAAGCGCUUUCCCAUGGCUCUUAACAUUGGGAUGGGCAUUGUGACCAUCCUCUACGUUAUCCUGGCAACACUAGGCUACCUCCACUUUGGUGAUGAAAUCAAAGGAAGCAUCACCCUAAACCUUCCUCACAACGCAUGGACCAACCAGCUAGUAAAGAUCCUGUAUUCCUUUGGAAUCUUUGUCAGCUUUGCCAUCCAGUUUUUUGUACCAGCUGAGAUCAUCCUACCUCCCAUCCGGGCUCAACUGCGAGAGAACUGGAGGUCGCCUUGUGAGAUGCUAUGCCGUGGUCUGCUUGUCUGCGUGACAUUCUCCUGGGCAGUGCUGAUCCCUCGCUUGGACCUGGUCAUCUCCUUAGUGGGCGCGGUGAGCAGUAGCGCCCUGGCCCUCAUUUUCCCACCACUUGUGGAGCUCAUAACCUUUUCAGACCGGCAUGUGCGGCCGAUCAUGCUGCUCAAGGACCUGCUCAUCGCAUUAGUGGGCUUCAUUGGCUUCCUUGCCGGCACCUAUGUUACACUGGGUGAGAUCAUAUCCCCCACCACAGUAGACAUGGCCUCUCAAAACAAAGGCAUGAUCAACGGCCACCUGACAGGCUCUGAUGUCUCGACUGGAAACUGGACCACAAAUGUUCCUCUGACUCCUGGUUGA